AUGAACACUAUUUCAUUGAUUUUAUAUUAUUUUUUUCUAUCAAUUCUUCAAAAUGCUCUAUCGGAUGUUAUUGUGUAUGAUAAUUCAAAUAAAUCAAUCAACAAUUAUAAUGAUCAAGCAGCUGGUUUUGGACCAUCAUUUCCAACAGGAGGAUUAAAAGGUUAUAUCACAAUAAUAGAGCCACAAAAUGGAUGUACAAAAAUAUUACCACCACCAAAUAUUCCAACAUUUGGCUAUCAUUGGAUUGCACUUAUUCCUCGAAUCAGAGGAAAUGAAUCAUGUGAAUUUGGUCUUAAAGUACAAAAUGCUCAAAAUGCAAAUUUUAGUGCCGUCAUUAUUUAUAAUUAUGAAGAUGUACUAUUCACGAUGGGAUCAUCCGGAAAAAAUGUUCGUAUACCAUCAACAUUAAUUACUCAUAUGGACGGUUUAACAUUGAUCUCACGUUAUUUGUAUAAUACAACAUCAGUUAACUCGACUUCAAUAUAUCAUGUGAAAAUAGUGCCGGAACAACCAUUACCGAUGGCUGCUUAUUUAGUACCAAUUCUUGUGGUUAUGGCCUUUUUAAUUCUUGGUCUUAUUGGUUUUGUAUUGGUAAAAAUGUAUUUACAACGACGUCAUACACGUCGUCAUCGUUUACCACGAUCAGCACUUAAACAAUUAAAAAUAAAAAAAUUUGUUAAAGGUGAUCCAUGGGAAGUAUGCGCUAUUUGCUUGGAUGAUUAUGAAGAUGGUGCUAAAUUACGUAUAUUACCUUGCGAUCAUGCAUAUCAUAUGAAAUGUAUUGAUCCAUGGUUAAUAAAUAAUCGACGUCAAUGUCCGGUGUGUAAACGAUAUGUAUUUCCUGAUCACGAUAAUUCUGAUGAAGACGGAAGUAUUAAUAAUCAACAAGCAAGAACACCAACAGAACAAACACCAUUAGUACAUUCAAAUGAUAGUAAUUCAACAACAGAUAUAUCAACAAAUCAACAAUUAUCUGAACGUCAAUUACUUAGUCCAUCCGGUAGAGGUAUACAUAAUGUUUCCUUUGCAUUAAAUGAAUCAACAGAUGGUGUUGAAAAUUUAUCGUCAUCACAACGAACAACAUUAACAAAUCCUACAACAACAAUAGGAGUUGCUUUUGAUAGACCAUCAUCAAAUUCUCGUCGAUAUGGCAGUAUGCAUGAAUCUUUAAUAACACCACGUGUUGCUAAUUUUUUUGUUGGUUCUAUUGGUGGUACAACUGAUAAUACAAAUGUAUCUGCACGUUCAACAGUUGAAGAUGUGAGUGAUAUUGAAGUAAUCAAUGAUGAUGGUGAUGAAGAAAUUCAUUCGACUGCAACUUGUUCCGAAGAAAAUCGGGCAUAUAUUAAUGAUGAAGGAUCAACAACAAAUACGAUUCACACGUACUUGUAA